CCCACCUCCUUCUCACCCUCCAUUCACAAACCCCCUGCCCUCUCCUCACUCUUUGCUGACCUUCACCCAUCAAACGACCAAAAUUUCCCCUUCACGGACCAGUGCUAUCCGUCGCCGUCCAGAUUCUUCUUUUGCCAAUCACCUUCUUCUCUCCCGCUCUCUGCCAUAUCCAUAAAACCCUCUUUAUUUUUUUUGUUUCCUCAACCCACAACAUCGUGCUUUCCUUUUCUUCUUUCCCAUCACCGAGUGACCGACACACUUGCACGCCCUAAUCUACGCGAAAUAUUUUUCGAUUAUUCGGGAGAAUCUCGGUCUAGCAUUCAGAAACGACGUCGGCCAUCUUCUCUCAGAUACGAAUAGAGGUGAUUUCGGAGAGGAGAGAGCUCUAAGGAUUCAUUCUUGGGAAGGAAAGACAAAUGGAAACUCUGGGGAGUUAGAGGGUUUGAGAGCAGAAGGCAGAGUGAACAGGAAAAGAGAGGGAAAUCGAGAGAGGGAGGAGGAGGAUUUCGGGGUCUUGAGGUUCCUGAGAGAGAGAAAUUAUAGAAGGAUUGAAGAGUGUUCUGCUGAGGAAGCGGCAGAGGAAAAAUAUUUUCCUUCCACAUGUUCGGCUAGCCUGAAGUCAUAGGGAAAAAGGGAUCUGCUGCGGUGAAAGAUCUGAUUCUAAAAAUUCUUCAAAUCUUCUUUCUUUCUGUCACAUUCUCGACCCACAGGAAGUGAUAAAGCAGGAAAUUACCGGCAAGACUCUCUUACUCUCUAUCUAAAAGCAGACGUGCUGAGUAUUAAAGAGUGUGGAGGCAAUUUACCAAUGGAAGGAGGAGGUGGAGGCGCGACAUUGUCUGAUAUAUAUGGCAGUUCUAAGCGGCUGCUCCUGCGAGCCAGAGACGGGAUUGAGCAUCUCGAGCGCCUUGACUACUCCACCACCAUGGAUUCCACUGACCUCUCCUCCGCUGUCAAGAAGGACAUCACCAAGCUCCGCUCCCUUUGCUCAGAAAUGGAUCACCUCUGGCGCUCCAUCUCUGCCCGACCCCAGCGUGAUCUCUGGAAAAGAAAAGUUGAACAAGUAGUGGAAGAGUGUGAAUCUUUGAACCAAAGUUUGGAGAGAUACAAUUUGAGAAGUCAGAGAAGAAUGAUGGAAGCCAAAGAAAGGACAGAAUUGCUUGGAAGAGCUAGAGGAGGCUCAGAGCAUGUAUUGACAGUGUUUGAUGAGGAAGCCCAAGCAAUGCAGUCAGUCCAGAACUCAAAGAGGAUGCUAGAAGAAUCUUUUGCAACUGGAACAGCUAUCCUUUCAAAAUAUUCAGAACAAAGGGAACGCCUGAAGAGGGCACAACGGAAAGCUCUGGAUGUUCUCAAUACAGUGGGGCUCUCAAACUCGGUGUUGAGGCUAAUUGAGAGGCGGAACCGAAUGGAUAGAUUGAUCAAAUAUUUGGGAAUGUUUUUGACAGUUGUAAUCUUGUUUUAUUUUAUAAGGUGGAGUAGUUGAUCUUCUCCAAGUUGUUAAUGUACAUGAACACUUUGUCCUUCUGUUACAAAGAGAUUCUAAUCUGCUCCUGUUUGGAGGCUGCUGUAGUUGUUGAUGCCAACAGAUACGUAUAAAACGCUUGCAUAAAGAGCUUUUACACCUUCUGAAA